GUUGCCUUUAAAAGGCAGUAAUUCCAGUGCCUUAAAAUCACUUUUACACAGGAACGUAACGUCAAAUUAAGUAGAAAACAAUGAAGUUGUUCUUGGUUUGCCUUCUUGUGCCAGUGGUUCUUGCUGCCCCAUUAGAAGAUUCAAAGAGAUUCAUUAUCGGUGGCUUCACUAUUGACAGUCUGUUUGACCUUAAUACUUUGAAGUGUGAUGUACAAAUCAUGCUUGAUGUGUUAGGAAGUGAUCCAACGGAACAAGCCUGUGAGAAAGAGUGCCACGUGCUGAUCAAGGAUGGAUUGUUAGACCAUAGUUGUCCUCUUAUUUGCCAUGCAUUUCAGAAUCUAGCCGGUUACUUCCAUGAAACUCCAAAGCCUGGAGAUCAGCAUGCCCACUGCGGGGGACAAGCACUAACAACUGCCUCUGGUUAAAUAAACAAUACCAUUCAACAGUAUGAGGAAUAAAAACACAAUGCGAUCAA